AUGAACAACAGCACUGAACCCAACCCAACCACUACAGGGACCGACGCAGUACCCAGGUUUCCUCCAUCCUUCGUGUAUCCAGUGGCGACGUGUCACAUCUUAAUUGUCGCAGUGGCAGUCCUUGGAAACCUCAUAGUUUGUUACGCAAUAAUCACUAACAAAAGUCUCCGAAGCAGCCCAACAAAUUUGUUCAUUUUCUCGUUGGCGUUCUCUGAUCUUUUUACUGCAACAUUAGCGGUACCAUUUGACAUAGAAGGCCUUUUCCUUAACUUGACUUGGAAGCAUGGAGAAAUAAUGUGCCAGGCGUGGAUUACAGUUUACCUUAUCUCUGUACCCACGUCUAUUUUGACCCUUUUGGCUGUGAGCGUGGAUUGUUACAAGAGCCUUAAGGAUCCCUUGAAUCGAUUUCGCCGCUUCCGAUUUAUGACACGAAAGAGAGCUUUAAUUAUUAUUUCUGUCAUCUGGCUUUACAGCUUGGUUUUUGCUUUAAUUCCCGUCAUGGGCUGGAGAACAUAUGACGAGUUUGUUUAUGAGGGAAUCUGUUCCUUUCCUUUUCAUGACAUUUAUUCCACUCUCAGCUCUUGUCUAAAUUUCAUUAUUCCACUACUGGUAACGUGCGGUAUCUACGUUCAGAUUUACCUCAUAGCGAGGUCUCAAAGCAGCACUUUUGAUAAAGAGAUCUCACGACAAAUGCGUACGACGGAAGCCUGUUCACGACAAACGCGUUCUACUGAAGAAAAGAAAAUCUAUUUAAGGAACAUUCGAGCGGCCAAGACUAUCUCCAUCUUUGUAGCCGUGUUUUUCUUUUGCUGGGUUCCUCACUCUGCCAUUAGCAUCAGUGCCAAUCUCUGUCAAUCAUGCCAAGCUAAAAUCCCAAAUGAAGUUGGUGUUCUAGUUUUGAUGUUUGGAUACCUUAAUUCUGCCCUCAACCCAUUUCUUUUCGCUUUUCGAAACAAAAGAUUCAAGGCCGCCUAUUCAGCAUUGCUGCUCACGAUGAAAGCUAGACCUCUAUUUCCACGCAGUUUGAGACGUCGCUCUACUUUAACAGCUAGUACUUUGCAUCCUGAACUUCCAGAUCUACAAGAUAGCGUGGUUCGCCUACAGUUGGCUAAAACGAAACGAGAAAGCUGA